AUGGCUGAAGAAGAAAUCGACUACAACUCGCAGCCUUGCCACGCCUAUGCCUGUCGGAUCCAGGACUGCCUGCAGCGAUCGGGCUACAACGAGAGCAAGUGCACCAAGCUGAUUGACGAACUGUACGAGUGCUGUGCCAAGUUUUACAUGUCCAAGGGUGAGGAUGCCCGAUCCACCAGUUGUCCCAAGCCCAACCUGCUCAAGCUCAAGAUCCAGCAGCGAGAGUCCAAGGAUGUCGAUGCCGUUCUUCUCGAAUUUGCCAAGAAAUAG